AACCAUUCGCAUCGUCCCUCAGAUAUAAAUUGUCUUUUAGACAUCGACAUCGAGACGAGACGAGCGAAAGUUGAGAGAAAAAAGGGAGAUCAAGGGAGGAAAAAACGAACAGUUGCAACAGUUCUCGUCGUUUAUGUACAUCAUACGUAGUAAUCGAUGAUCGUAACGUCGCUAGAACCGCCAGGAUCAAGAGAACCCGUUAGUUCUUGAUCACCGAAUAUCACUUUACCGAAUCGAAGUUCCGUCGAAUCAAAGUGUUACAUCACUCUUUUUCUGCAUCGAGGACUUUGCUUGAAACACUGAGAAUGCCGCCCGUUCGACCCGAUCGAGCUGUUGCGUGAAAGAUUAAGAGUGUGCAGUGCAGUGCAUACGAUCUAAUUCGAUUCUUGAGAAAGUUCCGCUAAAUCGACGUUUCUCUUUCGCGCGGUCCUUCCUUCAUUUCCGUUUUUCUCACGAACCACCGGAAAUUCACGAGGAGGAAGCACGGUGACCACGGAAGCGCAAUAAACGGCUGAUACAGUGUCGUGAGAUCGAUAACUGGCUAAAGUUAGGCGCGUCAUUGACCGAGAAACGGAGAUCUGAACGACGGAAGGAAAAGCCGCAAGUGGAAGUUGAAUUGGAAAAGCGAGAAACCAAUUAAUAAAACACUGUUAUGUCUUCGCGGUAGUUCCGCGGCCAAUAAAGGAAUACGCGAGAGAGGUCAUCGAAAACGAGGGAACUCUUUUACGGUGAGCGGAAUAAAUCGUUCAAAAUGACGGAAGCAUCGAGAGAACCGGAACUCGCGGAUCCUGAAAAUCCUGACAAAACCGCAUUGAACUUAGCAUCUGCAUCUAAUAAAACGAAACCACUGCCAGAACGUGGUACAUGGAGUACCAAGCUAGAUUUCAUUUUAAGCGUGGUUGGUCUAGCAAUCGGUCUGGGAAAUGUCUGGAGAUUUCCAUAUCUCUGUUACAAGAAUGGUGGCGGUGCAUUUUUAAUUCCGUAUUUUUUAACACUGGUUCUUGCUGGGAUUCCAAUGUUCUUUAUGGAAUUAGCUCUCGGCCAGAUGCUUACCGUUGGUGGCCUCGGUGUCUUCAAAAUAGCGCCAUUGUUUAAGGGUAUCGGAUAUGCCGCCGCUGUCAUGUCUUGUUGGAUGAAUGUUUAUUACAUCGUCAUUCUUGCUUGGGCUAUCUUCUACUUUUUUAUGUCCAUGCGCAGUGAAUUACCAUGGGGAAGCUGUAAUAACUACUGGAACACGAAGAAUUGCGUAAAUCCCUACGACAGAGAUUCGCUAAUAUGUUGGAAUCAAGUUACUAGACAUCAUAAUUACGUUAAAGUAUGUUCCGUCAACGACGUCAACAUGACAAUCACAGAGCUUACUGAUCCGGUCAAAGAAUUUUGGGAACGUCGAGCACUUCAGAUCAGUGAGGGCGUGGAACAUGUCGGGAAUAUUCGUUGGGAACUAGCUGGUACCCUCCUUUUGGUUUGGAUUCUCUGUUAUUUUUGUAUUUGGAAAGGUGUGAAAUGGACUGGAAAGGUGGUAUACUUUACCUCCUUGUUCCCUUAUGUUUUGUUGACGAUCCUUCUGAUUCGUGGCAUUACUUUACCCGGAGCCAUGGAAGGCAUUCGAUUUUAUAUCAGUCCAAAUCUUUCCAAAUUAAAAGAAUCCGAGGUAUGGAUAGAUGCUGUUACUCAAAUUUUCUUUUCAUAUGGACUAGGUUUGGGUACAUUAGUGGCUCUUGGUAGUUACAAUAAAUUUACAAAUAACGUUUACAAAGACGCAUUGAUCGUUUGCUCGGUGAAUUCUUCGACGAGCAUGUUCGCUGGUUUCGUCAUAUUUUCCGUGGUAGGCUUCAUGGCCCACGAACAACAAAAACCUGUCGCAGAAGUCGCUGCUUCUGGUCCAGGAUUGGCUUUCUUAGCUUACCCUUCUGCGGUUCUUCAACUUCCUGGAGCGCCCCUUUGGUCUUGUCUCUUCUUCUUUAUGCUUCUUCUCAUAGGUUUAGAUUCUCAGUUUUGUACUAUGGAAGGGUUUAUUACUGCCAUGGUGGACGAAUGGCCGCAGUUGCUUCGCCGGCGUAAGGAACUAUUCAUUGCGAUAGUUUGUGUGCUUUCUUACAUUAUUGGAUUAUCUUGUAUUUCGCAAGGUGGCAUGUAUGUCUUUCAAAUCUUGGAUUCAUACGCAGUAUCUGGGUUCUGUCUUCUCUUCCUAAUUUUUUUCGAGUGUAUUUCGAUAAGUUGGGCUUUUGGUGUAAAUCGGUUUUACGACGCUAUAAGAGACAUGAUAGGAUAUUACCCUCUAAUGUGGUGGAAGCUAUGUUGGACUAUUACCACCCCCAUGAUUUGUGUCGGCGUCUUCAUUUUCAAUCUCGUACAAUGGACACCUGUAAAAUAUUUAGACUAUGAAUAUCCAUGGUGGUCGCAUGUGCUUGGCUGGAUGACGGCUUUAUCUUCGAUGCUUUGUAUACCUGGUUACAUGAUUUAUGCCUGGAAGACAACACCAGGAGAUACGUCUACAAAAUACAAGUUGUUAGUACGGAUAGAGGAUGACGUAACAGGUCUACGAAUGAAAAUGGGCCAGCCAUCGGUCGAACUGACACCACUUUAACUGCCACGAAUUCAUUUUGAUCCUAAAAGGGAUUCAUUAUUUUAAUCUGUAAUACCUUCUGACUACCAUUAAUUUAACGAAUUAACUAUUUAAUGACAACAUUUGACAUCAUUAUCUCCAAUCAUUAUCUAUCUGUAAUUUUUUUAUAAAAUUACUUUCUUCGUUCGUUCGAAAAAGAAACUUUUGCUGUGUUCCUGUUUACUAAAGAAAUUCAUAUUAUUUAAAUAAACAUUUUUUAUCGUCUAGAUAAUAAUAUAUUAGAUUCUUAUCAGAAGGAAGUUCGUAUAAAAUACAAGGCAACUAAAGUGUUCAGGAUUGUAUCUAGUUUUAGCUUAAGUAUAUUAUAGAGUAAUUUAAAGCACAUGAAAUUUUUGGCAUACACGAAUAAUUCACACGAGAAAUGCAUUUAGAAUUAAAUGCAUUAGAUUCUAAAAUUAAAAAUUUCAAGUACUUGAUAAGUGUUUUAAAUUCCGAAACUAUUCGUGUAAGUCUGAUUACAAAUUUAGCAGCUAUAACUUAUUUUAGCAAUAUCGGACAUGUACCAUAAAUAAAAAAUUACUGCACAUUUUGAAUGUAACUAUAUAGUACACAUAUCUACGCUGCCAUAAUUAUUAUAUUUUGCUGCUCAAUUGAUCGCUAAGCCGAAAUGUUUUUUGUUUAUAUAAAAGAUAUAUCGAUUUACGCGUGAUUUUGCAGAAAAUGUAUGUGCAAAUUUUAUUCUUAAUAAAAAUUGUAGAUUUGCAUAGAAAA